GAAGAAGUUUGCGCCGAAUCACGUUAGUUGCGAACUAAUUUUCCUCCUGCGCGGUCGUUUCAAGUAAAAUUUCUCGAAAAAUGAUUAAAAUUUUGUAUUUUUUCGUUAUUUUGUGUGUCACAAGUCAAUUGAGAGCAAAUGUCUUACCUGAAGGACAUUCCGUGCCAAAAGAUGUUGCUUUAACCGCCUCCGAGGAAUGCGGGAAUGGACCUCCAACGCACAUGAGCCCCGAACGUUGCUGCAAAUUUCCGGAAUUGCCCACGGAUGAGUAUUACGAGCAUUGCAUCGAAGAUUUGGAGUUAGAGCCUGUUGCUGGAAGUGAAGAAGAGGAAGAUGAUUUGUUAGAAGAUUCAUGCGUCGUUGAAUGUGCCUAUAAUCGCACCGGAUUGACCGAAUUGACCAAAGAAUCACUUUUGGCGAUGCUGGAAAAGACAACCAAGGACAUCCCUCAAUGGCAUGAACGAGUUCCCGCUAUUGUGGAUGCUUGUUUGAGCGAAUUGACUCCGGAAAUCAUCAAAGAGGUCCAAAAAGAGACAAUUAAGUGGUUGAAAGAGAUCGGCGCCCAAACGAGACGCAUUUGUGACUUGCGAUAUUUGAUUGUUGAGGACUGUUUCUACAUGAAGCUCUUCCAGGAAUGUCCUGAAAGCAGAUUUAAAAACACUAAAAAAUGCAAUAGUCUCCUCGGAUUUGUUCAACGCUGUGACGAUUGGUACUAAAAAUGCUUGAAUUUGAUGAAAAAAGGUGAUGGAAAGCGAUUUUGAACAUCACGGCAUAGAGAUAAGAAGCGAGAAUUUGCAAUAAAUCUUUUAUUUUGUUAAGUUUUGAA